GAUAGAUAUGGUUCUGCUUAUUGUGCUUUUCCUGCUCCUUUGGUUGUGCUCAACGGCAACAUCUUACGCCACACCGGUGGCAAUUGCCGGCUGCCCGGACAAAUGUGGGAACAUCACCGUUCCCUAUCCGUUCGGCAUGGGAGGAACAAAUUGUUACAGAGAUUUGUACGAUGUAACCUGCAACCACACUUACAACCCUCCUAAAUUGUUCUUAGCACAAGGAACGGUGGAAGUUUUAGAAAUAUCACUGGAGGGCUUAUUACGCGUUAAUGGGAGCAUAGGCUACACUUGCGACGAUGGCCGUGGAUCUGAGAGUAGUAGGGAGCACCUCUCUCAGGUAGAUUUAGAACGGAGGCCCUACACGUUUUCGGACACCCGCAACAGAUUCACGGCUCUCGGGUGCGACACAAUCGCCACCAUAAAAGGCUCCAAUGGUCGCAAUUUCACGAGUGGAUGUGCUAUGUUCUGCAGCAACGAAGAGAGCGUGACCAACGGGUCUUGUUCAGGCAUUGGUUGUUGUCAGACCUCCAUCCCCAAGGGGUUCAAGAAGUUCAACUUGGAGCUAGGGAGCUAUGAAAACCACACCAAAACCUGGAAUUUCAGUUGGUGUAGCUAUGCUUUCCUUGUUGACCAUGAGUGGUAUAACUUCUCGGCAACCGAUCUCUCCGGAUUUUGGAGUAGAAAUAACGGAAAAGUUCCACUCGUGCUGGACUGGGCAAUAGAGGGUUUUCGGUGCGGAAAUGCUUCAACGAGUGACCCAAACUACGCAUGUGGGAAGAACAGUGAGUGCUUCAACUCUUCCAACAGUCUUGGGUACCUAUGCAAGUGCUCUCCAGGUUACCAAGGAAAUCCUUACCUGAAAGAGGGAUGCCAAGAUAGAGACGAGUGCGCCCAUUCAGAACAGAACGAUUGUUUGCACAUUUGCACUAAUACGCCUGGGAGUUACAUCUGCUCUUGCCCUCCUGGUAUGGAGGGGGAUGGAAGAAAAUAUGGAAGUUCUUGCAUAGCUCCAGUGCCUCCAGUCAGGCAACCUCUUCUCAUAAAAGUUGCGUUAGGUGUUGGUUUAAGUGUAACUUUACUCCUUGUUGGUGGUUAUUGGUUGUACCAAGUUUUAAAGAAAAGAUGGAUCAAGAAACUCAAAGAAAAUUUCUUCAAAAGAAAUGGUGGUUUGUUAUUACAACAACAAAUCUUGGCAGAGGAAGGCAAUGUUGAGAAAGUAAAAAUUUUUACAGCAAAAGAGUUAGAAAUUGCCACAGACCACUAUAAUGAGAACCGUAUUCUUGGUCAAGGGGGCCAAGGCACAGUAUAUAAAGGUAUGCUCUCCGAUGGAAGAAUUGUGGCAAUCAAGAAGUCGAAAUUAUUAGAUGAAAUUCAAUUAGAACAAUUCAUUAAUGAGGUUGUCUUACUUUCCCAAAUUAAUCAUAGGAAUGUGGUUAAAUUGUUAGGAUGCUGUUUAGAGGCUGAAAUACCUUUGUUAGUAUAUGAGUUCAUAUCCGGUGGAACCCUUUUCAAUAAUAUCCACAAUCAGAAUGAAGACUUCUCAUUCUCAUGGGAUCAUCGCUUAAGAAUUGCAACAGAGGUUGCGGGAGCAAUUGCCUAUUUGCAUUCAGCAGCAUCCAUGCCAAUCUAUCAUAGAGACAUCAAGUCAUCAAACAUUCUUUUAGAUGAUAAAUAUAGAGCAAAAGUAUCCGAUUUUGGGACUUCAAGGUCAAUUGCAAUUGAUAAGACUCAUAUAACCACAGCGGUACAAGGGACCUUGGGUUAUCUAGACCCAGAGUACUUUCAAUCAAGUCAGUUUACAGAGAAGAGUGAUGUUUAUAGUUUUGGGGUAGUUCUUGUGGAACUGCUUACCAGUGAAAAACCAAUUUCUUCAACUAGACCGCAAGAAGGGAGGAACUUAAUCACACAUUUUAUUUGUUCAAUACAAGAAAAUCGUCUUUUUGAGAUUAUUGAUCCUCAAAUUGUACAAGAGGGUCAAAAAGAUGAGCUCAAAAAAGUUGCCAACCUUACGAAGAGAUGCUUGCACUUGAAUGGGAAGAAAAGGCCUACAAUGAAAGAAGUUGUAGUGGAACUUGAGGGAUUGAGGAUGUGUGAAAAGAAUCUUGUUUUUCAAAAAACAGAGGAAGAGGUGGAAUGCUACAUAAGUGAAACAUCAAGCCUGUGGGAUACUAGUUCAACUUCAACUAGGGUCAGAAGUUCAGAAAACACUUUCAGGUCCCCACUAGAUGAACAACCAUUGUUGUUUAAUUAAUAUAUCAAUUCAAUCGUAGUCCAUCCUGUAUUCAUCUUUCUUCUUUGGUAAAGGUAGUAUUGUAUUCAUCUUAUGCUCUUGGUUCAUUGAUUUUACUAAAGAGGGCUUUAUAUCGUGUAGUCUAAUCCCUGAAUCAAGAUGGAAGCUAAUAGAAUGGCAUUAUAUAUUUA